UGUAAAGAAUUAUAAUUAUUUUAUCUUAUUUAUUUAUACAGGUUAUGUUUGAUAUUGUUAUUAUAAAAAUUUUCCACUUGUAAAUCCUUCCCUUUACUCGUUAAAAAAAAAAAGCCUCCCUCGAAUAUUUCUGUUCUAAAACAAGCUUAGAAUUCCAGGUUGUGAACAACGAUGGAAACCUUUGAACUUUAUUACAUGAAGAAAGCUUUUGCUCCCCUAGAGAAACGUUUUACUAACCUAAGAAAAGAAGCUUUGAGAUUGAAAUAUCUUUGGACGUAUGAAAAACGACCAAACAGAUGUCGUACUCGACAAGAACUUCAAACAUGGUACAAUGAAGUAGUUAAUUGUAUAGAAAAUAAUGAACAAUUAACGGAAGCUUCUAAAUUGAUCACAAAAAUGUUGAAACACGAUCCUAAAUCUUACAAGAUUUAUGCUUUGAGAGCUACAGUUUUUAAACUUCAAGGAAAAGUGACCGAUGCCAUAAAAAAUUACGAGAUUGCACGAUUAAUGUUAAAAUUUGCAAAAAUUUCCAACAAAACUGAAACCGAUAUGCUUUACAUCGAAUCGUUGAUCGAAUGUUACGAAAUCAGAGGAGAUUGUUUUAACAAAAAUGGAUUAUUUUUACAAGCAGCGAAAGAUUACGAACGUAUCGUAACACUGAAGCCAUCCGAAAGAUCGAUCAUCGAUAUAGAAGAUAAACUUUUACAAACGAUGAUGCAUAUAAACAAAUACGAUGCAUUUUGUUCGUACUGGUACGAGUUUAUAAAAAAUACAAAGGCUAAGAGAAUGUCUGAUCUUUUGACCAUUCAUGCAAAAUAUAAAUUUGAUUUGAGAGAUAUCGAUCUGACACGUGAAUUUAUUCUUGAAGCUCUCUCUUUGAAUGAAGAUAAUGUUAAAGCUAAAAAACUAUUACAGAAAAUGUACGAACUAGCACGAACAAUGUCAAUUCAUUCGAUAAUUUGGUGCAUGCACCGUUGUUACGAUAAAGGUUUAUACACAAUUCAAAAGGUUUGCGAUUACGAUCCAUCGAAUCUUCAAUAUAUUUUAAUAAAAGCGAUGAUUCUACGAUUAUCUGGACGAAUCAAUGAAGCUUUAUCGUGUUUAGGAAAAAUGCAAAAUAUUUUAGAAACAAAGAAAACCGAUGAUUCUUUAUUUAAAAUUACGGAUUCAACGAGUGCUCCUUUCUUUAGCGCGAAAGAGAUUAAACAACAGAUUAAAAAGCAAUAUUUAUUAGCACGAUAUAAUGACGCGGUUCAAUAUAAAAUCAAACAAAGAAGAAAGGCGAAGAGAAGGCGUUCAGAGAAAUGA